AUGCAGUCCUUCAUCACAUUCUUGGCGUCACUAGCGCUCGUCCUCGGAACGGCUUCCGCUGGGGCCGUGUUCGAUCGUCCUUGUCCAACGGGGAUCGACGUGAAGCAGUACUUCUCGGUGGAGAGCUAUCUCGGCAAGUGGUACGAGAUGCAGCGCUACGAGAGCGUGUUCGAGAUGGGCUACGAUUGUGUGCAGGUGCGUUACACGCUCAACGACGACGAAUCGGUGCAGGUGUCCAACUCGGCGUACAACCUGGUGAAUGGAUCAACGAUCAACGCGAUCGGUCGGGCUGUGUUGUCCUUCCCGGACGAGGAGAUCAUCCAGGGCAAGCUGAAUGUGUCGUUCUUCGGUGCACCGAAUGAUCAAUCGAACUACUGGGUGCUCGAUACCGACUACCAGUCGUACUCGGUCGUGUGGUCCUGCCAAGAACUCGAGGAGCAGCAAUCAGAAGAGAGCUUUUGGGUUCUGUCCCGCACACCUACGCUGACGACCGAUCGGGACGUUCAGCUGCGCAUCCAAAGCAUCAUCCGUCGGUAUAUCGAUCGCAGUCAGCUACGGUUUACCCGUCAACUAGAUGACAGGUUCGUAACACCUCCUUAA